AUGGCUAUGGAAACCAAUAUUGCUAAAUUGGAGAACAAAAUUAAUAGCACAAAAAAAUUCCAUUAUAACAUUUAUAAGAAAAUUUUUUUCUUUUUUUUUAUAAUCGAAUUCAUAUUAUCAUUUUUUUUACAUAACGAAAUUCUUUCAUCCAGCACUUUGUAUGAAAAGUCAGAGUGUUUUGCAUUUAUUUUAUUAUUUUCAAUAAUAAUCUCAAUUUUAGCAAAUUUAUAUAGAUUAUUAUUUGAAAAAAUAAUAAAAUAUAAUGAAAAAAAAUUAAAUGAUUUAUAUAUUGGUCUCGAUAAAUUAUUUGAUGAAAGAAAAAAAGAAACAAAUUACGAGAAUACAAAAAAACUUUUAGAACAAUAUGAAAGUUUUAAAAAUAUUUCCGGCACAAAUUUACUAUAUUUUGAAAAUUGUGGAAACUGUAUAGGAAAAAUGCCUAGUGAAUUCGCCCCAAAUAAAAUAAUAAUAGAUAAUAUAAAUAUUAGAUUAUGUUCCCUAGAAAUUAAAAAAGAAAUAGACUUUAAAGAAUUUAUCUUAUCUGUUCGAAAUCCACGGAGGUAA